AUGUCGAGCGAAACGAAUACUCCUGCAGGGUCCUCGUCCUUAAUUAACGAAACGUUGUCCGUUACUACUUCAAAUGAUAUCUCAGCUCUAGUGCAAGAAGAUUCCUCAGAAAAGCAAGCUCGCAAGAAACAAAAUCGACAAAACUGGAAAAGCCCAUCUAAGGGCGACGGUAAAGACGUAAAAGCAAACAAGCCUAUUGUCAUUUCCGAUGACAAUAAUGGGUCUGAUCAAUCCAAAAAUAAAGAGGCUGAAGUAUUAGAUAUGAACGUUGCCCAACAUCAACGUCGAAAGUCAACUGCUAACACUUCCGACAUAUCAAAUAAAAGUAAAAAUUCUAAUAACAAUAGUACUGAUAAAUCUGUUCAUCGCCGCGGUAAAUCAAUGGCAAACGUCGGGGAACUCCAAGGCGUCUCUUCAAAAAACGGAAAUGGUAAAUCUAAAGGUAGUAAGGAUGAUUCUGAAAAUAAAUCAGAAGCUUUAGAAUCUUUGCAGCAAAUUAUUGCUAGUCUCAAGAGUAUACCACCUAAACCUCAGAAAUCAGAUAAAAAAGAUGGUGAUGAUACCGCAGACUUUGUUUUUAAACAUAAACGGCAUGAAUCGAGUGCAUCUAGCACUGGAAAGCGUACUAAUGCGCCUGCUAAACAACAUAAAAAGGGUACUUCUGUGUCAUUCUCAUUCCCCCUGACAACGGCAGUUACUACUUCAUUAAAGCCUAUUCCUGAUUCGGAAGAUGGCAAACCUAUUGACAUUGAAAAUGCUUUGCAAGACACUAUCUCCUCUUUGAGGCGCAUGAAUGAUGAGACUGAAGAAGAAAAGAGGACUCGACGUAAAAAGAACCCCUUUAACAGAAAAUCACCUAAUCUUGACGAUAUGACACAGUCUAGUAUCGAUAAAAGGCAAGAAUUGGAUUCUCCUAAGUCUCCAUUUGACUUUAAGAAAACUAUGGACGACCAACAACAGCCAACUGCGAAGAAGACCCAUCGCCGUCACCAGUCUCUUGGUUAUACCUUAUCUACUUCCUCAUCUUCAACAUCUAUUGUGAAGCCUAAUCUUCCUAUUCAUGGUCGACGCCACAGUGUAGCCCUUAAUGGUAGCAAAGAUGUGCUUAAAGAACUUGAAAAGAGCCAAGGCAGGCUUGUUGGGUCAGAAGUAAAGGGCCAUCGCCGUAGCAAUUCAAGAAACUUUGAUGGCAACUGGCGAUCAACUCAACCAUUCCAGCCAUUUCCACUACCUAAAUUUGGCGCAAUUCAGAAGAAACAGCAACAGAAUCAACAAAAUUCUAACAAUCAACAGCAAAGGAAGUCUCUCUUCGCGCCUUAUCUUCCGCAAGCCUCUCUUCCGCCACUUCUUAAAAAUUGUCAACUCGUUUCUGGUGUUUUACGAAUCAAUAAACGUAAUCGAUCUGAUGCCUAUGUAGCCACCGAGUCUCUCGAUGCUGACAUCUACAUAUGUGGUUCCAAGGACAGAAAUCGUGCAUUAGAAGGUGAUGUAGUCGCAGUAGAGUUGUUAGAUCCUGAGAAAGUCGACAAAAAGAAAGACGACGUUGAAGUCGAAGGGCAAGGUCUUCAUCUUUUUGAUGAUGAUGACAUUGCUACAGAUGAACAGAGGCCAAAAUAUUGUGGCCAUGUUGUUGCAGUUAUGGAACGAAUGCCAGGGCAACUUUUUUCUGGAACACUUGCUCUUUUGAGACCAUCGUCCACUGCAACUAAAGAAAGGGAAGCAGCUGAAAAAGCUCGAAGAGAGGCCGAAGAUAGAGCUGCUGGAAUUGAACCUAAAGUGGAAGAGUCCAGAGAAGAGAAGAAAGAUGAUAAAAAUGAGCGUCCAAAGAUUGUCUGGUUUAAGCCGACAGACAAACGUGUACCUUUAAUUGCCAUUCCAACAGAGCAAGCACCACCUGAUUUCGUCGAAAAUCAUCAAUCUUAUGCCCAGCAAUUGUUUGUUGCUUGUAUUAAGCGCUGGCCUAUAACCUCCCUUCAUCCUUUUGGUACUUUAGUGACACAGAUAGGAGAGAUUGGUAGUAUUGAAGUAGAAACAGAAGCUCUUCUUAAGGAUAAUAAUGUUUCUUCUGAAGAAUUCAAUGAAAAUGUGACAAAAUGCCUUCCAUCGACACCCUGGGCAAUUCCCGAAAAGGAACUUGAAGCACGUAAAGAUUUAAGAUCAACUACCAGAAUUUUCUCGAUUGAUCCUCCUACCGCAAAGGAUCUGGAUGAUGCUGUUUCUUGUAGUCGUUUGCCAGACGGAAAUUACGAAAUAGGUGUUCAUAUUGCGGAUGUAAGUUAUUUCGUUAAGCAAAACAGUGCGCUUGACCGAGAAGCUCGUAAAAGAGCAACAACUGUGUAUUUGGUCCAAAAACUCUCCUUCUCUGUAAUUUGGAAAAUGACACCAGAAGGUAAAACUAUGGAGACAUGGUACGGCCGCACUGUAAUUCGACCAUGCGCUAGAUUAUCAUAUGAAGAUGCGCAGGAAGUGAUCGAUGGAAAACCUUUAAACCCUGAAGUCAAAAUUUUUAAUGAUUACGUUGCUAAAGAAGUUGAGGCUGAUAUUAAAGGUCUCUCUCAACGUUUGCGAGAACAACGACUCAAGCGUGGAGCGUUGUCUAUGGGCAAUAUCAAAUUAAAUUUUGAGCUGGAUGAACACAAUAAUCCUAUCGAAUGCAAAGUAUGCGAACAUAAAGAAGCCAAUCAACUUAAUGAAGAAUUCAUGUUACUUGCAAACAUGAGUGUUGCACAAAAAAUAUCUAGUGCUUUUCCCGAACAGGCAUUGCUUAGAAGACAUGCUACUCCUAUUGAACGUAGACUUAAUGAUUUUGUUGAGCAUGCUAAAAGAUUAGGAUAUGAUAUUGAUGCUUCUUCGGCUGGAGCAUUACAAAGAUCUUUCAAUGCUAUCGAAGACGAUGAUGCUAGAGCGGUUUUGAAACUUCUUGCUAUAAAACCAAUGCAAAGAGCUAAAUAUUUCUGUACUGGAACUUUAGACAUUGCAAAAUAUCAUCAUUAUGCUUUGAAUGUACCACUUUAUACACAUUUUACUUCACCUAUUCGUCGUUACGCUGACGUUCUUGUUCAUCGUAUGCUUGAAGCUGCAUUAUCUGGUGAGAAACGCUUCUAUCUUGACAAGGAUGCUGUCCAAAAAACAGCCAAUCAUUGCAAUGUUAAAAAAGAAGCAGCGAAAAACGCACAAGAACAAAGUAGCCAUCAAUUCCUCUGUGUCCUCCUUCAUAAUCUGACUGUACAAUCUGGUCCUGUAAUUCGCGAGGCCGUUGUCAUUGGUGUCAAAGACCAUGCAUUUGAUGUUUUAGUGCCCGUAUUUGGAAUUGAAAAACGUGUUCAUUUAGAUCAACUUCCGCUAGAAAGAUUUUAUUUAAACGAAGAAACAGAUGAAUUGACCUUGCAUUGGAAACAGGGAGUUAGUUCUCUCGAACCGAUUCCCGAAGAUGAUGGGUUCGGCGAAGAUGAAGAAGAUGGUUUGGAUGUUGACGAAGAUGCUUUACUUGCAGAUGUCAAUGACGAUUAUCACUAUGAAUUGAUGGAUGUCACAAGUCUCCCAAUUGAAGAUGAGCAUCGACUAUUUGAUGCUAAUUCAGAUAUCGGUGAUGAUGAUAUUGAAGAUGACGAGUUUCAAGUAUCUGGUGAAGAGGAUGAUAGCAAUGAUGAUACGUCAAUUGUUGCUGCGCCUUUAUCAUCUAGUGAAUCUCCUAAGACGGACAUUCCCUCAACAGAAACGCCAUUUCUUAGUCAAGCAGCUUCUACAAAAAGCACUCUACCUGCUAUAAAAAUCUCAGAAUUACCACAGCUGCCUAUAAUUUCUGAUCCCACUAUUCCUAACUCUCAAAUUAUCAAAGAGCUUUGUCAUCUUCAAGUAGUUAUUACUGCGGAUUGUAAAAAAAGUCCACCUGUUAUUAAAGUUUUGGCUAUUAACCCUUAUGCAUAG